AAGACACAGCCGUUUACGAGGGUCCAUGAAUGCAGCAGAAUUUCUUCUUGCAGACUCCUGGUGGCGUCACACAACUGCCAGGGUUAUUUUAUUUUUUGAACAAGAAGAAACCACUCGUUUUAUUUAUUUAUUUUUUUAGCAGGGUUGUAGACGCUUACAGCACUUAACCUCAACUCAGAUUAGAUGUGUCUGUAGUUAUUUAUUAACAAAUGUCGAGACCAAGCUGCAAGACAGCUGACAGGUUUUGGCACUUAUGACGAAACAGUUCACAGGUUUGCAAAAUGACUUCUCCAGUAAAUGUCAUCGUGUUGGGGGCUGGCUGUCGAGGGGAGAUACUCUCCAAGUUUGCAUCCAUCCAUCCUACACGUAUGAAGGUUGUUGCCGUGGCUGAUCCAAGAAAGUUUGCCCGCACCAAACUUCAACAACAACACAAAAUUGACAAUGAAAAUGUAUUUGAAGACUGGCCAAGGGUAGUUGAAAGAGAGAAGUUUGCAGAUGCCGUCUUGAUUUGCACUCCAGAUCGCCUUCAUAAGGAUCCUGCUGUGGCCUUUGCAAAGAAGGGCUACCAUAUUCUUCUGGAGAAACCACUGGCAACAACUCCCGAGGACUGCACAGCGAUAGUGGAGGCCUGCACCCAGAGUGGUGUGAUGCUGUCUGUUGGUCACGUUCUUCGAUACGAUCCAGUUAUCCACAAGAUAAAGGAGCUCAUUGAUGCUGGAGACCUCGGUGAAGUGAUUCAUAUUCAGCACUUGGAGCCGGUUGGAUUUUAUCACUUCGCUCACUCAUUUGUUCGAGGGAACUGGAGGAAUGAAGCGGAGAGUUCGUUCGCUCUUCUGAGCAAGUCGUGCCAUGACAUUGACCUCAUACAUCACUGGGCAGGAGCGCGCAGGUGUGUCAAAGUAUCAUCAUUUGGAUCAGUCAGCCACUUCCAAAAGAAAAAGAAGCCAACAGGUGCUGCAGAUCGCUGCCUUGAUUGUCCAGUAGAACGAGACUGUCCGUACUCUGCAUGCAAAAUCUACCUGGAUACAGUAAAACAAGGUCACACUGGCUGGCCUGUAUCUGUCAUUUGUCCCAGCUCAUUCCCUGACAUCGAGUCAGUGACGGAGGCUUUGAGGACCGGACCGUAUGGCCGCUGCGUUUAUGAAUGCGAUAAUGACGUCUGCACUAAUCAGGUUGUAAACAUGGAGUUUGAAGGGGGGUUGACAGCAGCUUUUUCCAUGGUGGCGUUCACAGAGGAGAUCUGCAAGAGAAAAACCAAGAUCUGUGGCAGCAGGGGCGAGCUUUCAUAUGACGGCGAUGAGAUCCGUGUGUUUGACUUUCUCAGCCAGCGAUCCACAAAGCACACAGCAAGCAGCGACGUCCCCUGCCAGUUCGGCCUGAGUGGACAUGGCGUAGCGGACUACCACUUCAUUCAUGCCUUCAUAUCUGCUGUAGAGAAGAGUGAUCCGUCCCUGAUUCGAUCAGGUCCUGAGGAGACAUUGAUGAGCCAUUUGCUUGUGUUCGAAGCCGAGCGCUCGCGACUGGAGAGCAGGGUGGUGUUCUGCGGCGACGCUACUCGGGGCUAGAGUCUAAAUUUAAAAUACUUUAUUAAUCCUUGAAGGGACAUUAAUGAAGAAGAAAAGGUUGCAAAAAAUCAAUAUGCCGUUAAAACGUAAAAAGUGGACAUUUACAAUGACACUGACAUGAUUUAGAAGUGGAAGGGCUCAAGUCUUACUUUGAAUUUAAUAGUUUGAUUACAAUCUGUACUUAGGUGAAGGUGAAUGUAUUAUAUCACCAAGUUAAUUGCUGCUCAACUGUAAUUACGGUAUGAAUAAGUUUUGUAUCUGUAAAUCAUGUGCUACUUAAUCUGUUAAUCUGAACAGUUUCUUUAGAUACUCAGGGAUUAAACAACCAGUGCAGUAACCUAAUUAUUAUUAUCAUGUACAGCACUUUGGUCAGUAAUAUCUCUGUUUUAAAUGUGCUUUAUAAAUACAUUUUACUUACUUACUUUACUUAAUGAUUUUACCAUUGGAAAGAGGACCUUGAUUAAUUCCAUUCUGCCGCUGUUUGUUUUUUUAAAUGUAAGUGUUGACGGAGAGCAUGGUUUUUGAUUUAGUUCUGCUUUGACAUGUGUGUGUCUGCUCCACAGAACUGUAGCAUCUGUAAACAUCUAUAAACGCCAAGCAGAAAAAAAAAAAGAUGGAUGCUGAUGUUAUGUGACAUUUUUACAUGUUUUGAUUGAUGAUUAAUGUUGUUCACUUUGUUGUUAAGAAUAAAUGCGGGUUUCUUCUUGAUGAGGGACAGUCGAGCGCCAGCUUCACCGAGUCUUGGUUAAGACUCAGUUAGCCACGGUCCUACAGCAAAUUGUGCUUUUUUUUUCUUUUUUUCUUGAGACUGAAUGUGAAAAUGUAAAACAACUUAUUAGACUGCUGAUUUUUUAUGUUUUUGUUUUGACUUUGAUCACUUGGAUGUUGAUUUUUAAAAGCUCUGGAGCAACACUGAUGUUACUGGUGUCCUGGUGUUCAUAAAUCAAAAAAGAAUAUUUGAAAGAAA